CCCCUGCCUGUGCCUGCUCUCCCUAUCUCUGUCCGAAUGAGCUAUCUCCCCGUGCACUGGACCUCGGAUCGUCUCGUGGGCAUAUAACCGCACCAUUUUAUUUCCACCGCUUGGUAGCCUUGUGUCGUGGCCCGGGAUACAUGUUUGAGACGCAAUUGAUUCUGCUAUGAGUGCGGAUCAGCAGGGUUCUAGCUUUGGUGAUCCAAACGCCCAGCCGCCCACACCCAAACGGACCCCUAUAUCUGAGGUUUUGCCGAGCCCUAUUUUCGAGACACCCAAGCACAGCCAGGGACGGUUCGACGAAUCGGGCGGGUGGACUCCUCGUUUUGCCGAGGAGUAUUCCGUCUUCAACGCAACUCCAGGAAACCUCAGAGGCUCCCGAACGCCGUUUCCCGACUUCAGUCCCACGAUCCCAUAUUCUGCCGGCCCCAGUCAGCAACGGCCGUUGUCCACCGAGGGAAUCGGUGCUGGGGUUGCAGCGCAUGUGGACGAAUUUCCGCAGCUGGCCCCUGUUGAGCCGUCCAAGAUCCUGCCAUCAUCGCCGGCUCCUUUGAGAACGCCGACAUUCGAUCGCCCAGGCGCCGCCAGCCAGCUUCCGGGGUCCGUACAGAGGUCUGCGAGGAAGGCACGUCGUGGCACCAGUGUCUCAGAACCACAAGGGCAAACAGCAACUCCUCCCCCGUCAGCCCGCAAGGGUGAGCGUAAACUUGCGCCCAAGCUCGACACCACCAGCGCCAUGCAAAAUGAGCAGGACUUUGGCCGGCAGGCACAGUUCAUGGCUUCUGCUCAGCAGCAGGGCAUGGGCAACUUUGUGACGGCCCAGGGUGACAUGUUUGGCUAUCCGCUCUCGGCUCCGGCCACCGCGCCCGCUUAUGGAACCCAAAGAUCGUUCUGGGACCCAGACCCUGGCCUCGCCGGCAUGGACAUCGACUUUGGCGCCAACGGCGCAGGCGUCUUCCAACCUCCACAGCAGACCGCGGGUCCAGUAGAUUGGGCAGCGGCCAGCCAGAUGUUGCAGAGCCCAAACGGUCCUCCGGGGCAUGGGAAUGGGCAUCAAUCAGCUGGCGACAACCAAGCUUCCCUCGUCUCUCAACCGCCCAUGUCGAUGCUGGCGGCUUCGUCCGCCGACCAUUCGCUUUUCGGGGUCAGCUACCCCACCCCUGUCGAGGACCCUUUUGGGAUAAGUGAGAACGGGGGUGCCGUAAAUCCGGGUCUCCUCUUCAGCCGCCCGCAGUCGGCAAGCAUGGACGCGGCAUCUUUCAACCAAGCUAUUGCCGGGCAAAACCCAUCAAGCUCCACGGCCAGCCAAGCGGGCCACGCGGAUAGUCGAGGGUCUUCAGCCCCAAAGGCCGCCGGACGCACCGAGCUGCGCCGUUCGGCCAGUGCGAAGGACACGAUUCCAAGGAAACCCGACCGAAGUUCGGGGACCUCUCCGGUAAAGGAGGCCGGACGUCCGGGGCUCUCCCGGAGCUUCAGUGAGAAUAGGGGGAAGAAGCCCUUGGGACGGCCAUCUUUACCUCCCCUUGCUCCGCGGCCGCGCUCUCAGCUAGUCAGCAAUGCCGGAGUCAAUGCGAACAAGCCCGUCAUCUCGCAGCCCCAAAGACCGAGCGGUAGGUCGUCGCCCUCCAAGAGUCAGCACCACCAUCGAUUGUCGAGCCUCUCCUCGAUACCGGAAACGACGAGCCCGAGCCCCAGCCCGCAGAUGAGGACACAGGCGACAUUUACCAUCGAUGCCAAUGGACGCGCGCGGGUAGAGACCACUGUGGUUGUGGACCAGCCUCCCCCGAGUGUUCGCAAACGGCAUAGUGCGUACGCCGCACCACCACGCCGUGACCACUGGGGUUCGUCGGAUGAGGACGAUUCGUCAUCGACGGAUGAUGAACCUAUUAUCAUCCCCAGCAGGAACACGUCUUUUGCGCUUCCAGCGCCCCCGAAACCCGCCAUGCUUCAUACUGUCCACAAUUCACAACGAAGCAUAAGCGAACAUAGCAGCAGGUCCUACACGAGCUUUCAAGGGGCGUCUCUAGAGGAUGGUGACAGUGACGGCGAGACGGUGGUGAAUGAAGUGACGCCGACUAAUCGGGCUUCGGGCAAUGCACUCAGUGAACUCCGGAAGCUGCGGGAGACGCGGCAGAAGCAAUUGUCAAGCUCCCGGCCGAAACAGUACAUCUCGAGCCAUUAUGCCGGCCAUGCUGCCACCUCGCCAUCAACCGUCAGCGAGUCGAGCGUGCCCACUCCGGCAACCGAGACAAAGACCCGCGGCGUCCGCUGUGUCUGCAACCGUGCCGAAGCCGCUCGGCAUGACUUGCUUGUCCAAUGUGACUCAUGCGAAUUGUAUGUGCACGGCCAGUGCGUCGACAUCACCCAGCGGACGAUGCCGUCCAUAUAUAUCUGUGCCUUUUGUGCCAACACGCCCAACAUGCGAGGCGGGAGACUCCGUGACAACGGACGCUUAUCGGGGGCGGCUAACCCUCCGGGCUCGGCCACGUCGCCACUGGCGCACAAGUCACUCAAGUCGUUCCGUUGAAGCCGAUAGGAAGGAGUGGUGCUCUGGGAAGAGGAACGAACCGCCGCCAGGCUUUAGCAGGCCACAAUAACGAACUCGACGACCGUCAUGUGCUGAUAUAUUAGAGCAGGAGGGUUGG